AUGAUGUUAACUAUAGCCCUUCUUUUAUUGUGCCUCCAAACUCAUUUGACCGAACAUGCAUCAAUUAAUGGCGCAAACACCUUGACUAAAUUGGAUUGUACUUAUCAAGAUGCACGAUUCGGUUCUAUUGAUUUGUCAACAGUUGGUUUAAAAGGUGGUACCCCUGCUUUUCGACAUGUACUCAAAGAUGCUUAUUUUUAUUCUUACAAUCCAUGCUAUCCAUUUUCUGAAGAAUCUUCUUGUACUAACGUGGCUAUAUGUCAAAUUUCUAAAAAUGGAUCAGCUUAUUACGUUCUUGGUGUGAAUUCAAUAGUCAGUUGGUCAAUCACAUUUGAUGGCAAAGUAACACUUGUUUAUUCAGUUGUCGAUCGUCAAACAAUCGUGAAUCUUGCUUGUUCGACUGAAGUCGAUCAACUUGUUAUUAAUGGCGAAUAUGAAUUACGACAUUAUAAUUUAACUUUAUAUAGUAAAUGCGCCUGUUGGAAUGGCUGUUAA